AUGGCUUCCGCUCAUAUUAACUCUAACCGGGCCUCCCAUUCUCGUUCGAGUUCUGUUUCAUCGCAUCGGGUCCCUGUACCUCCAUUAAUUCCUAUCCCUCAUUCCCUCCAUGGUAUCGAUGUCUUUUCACCAUUCAUACCUUCAUCCAACUCCGUUGCCAGCUCCUAUGCCGACAAAAUCGAGGCAGCGUCUAUCGCGAUGAACGCCUCACUACCUACUCAAAACAAUGUAUCUAACAAUAAUGACGUCCCCCAGUCUCAUGAUGCCUCUGUCUCUUCGCCUGUCGCACCUGUAACCCCUCAAAGGAUCCAUUUUGCCUUACCUUCGCCUCCGCUACCUAUUUACCACACCAAAAUUCCUUCUUCGAGGUUCAAUUCUACCACUCAACUCGGUCCCAAUCAGCAUUAUCGUGUUCAUUCAUCCGAUUCUGAAAAGCAGGCUUCAGGCUCACAUUACGGACGAUCAACUUCGGCCAAUCAACAGACCGUCCUUCCAAAACCUACUACCUUCCUCGAGUCGGUCUUAUAUCUCGUGGAAGCUUUUGGAGCUUUGAUCUCCAAGUGGUAUUCGGCUCUCAUUCGAGGCAUUCGCUCUAAAGCGGGCGCGCUUCCUAGAACAUUAGCGAACGUCUGUUUCCGUCACCGACAUGGCAAGCACGCCUUACCUGUUUUUGAAGAAGGGCGUUCUAAGCUCAGCGACUCGAUUGAAGAUUCGUACGUGCCAGUAGGUCUUCCAUCGAGCCUCGCAGUACGUAUCAAGACUGCCGAAUGUGGCGAGGUUGAGAUCGAGGUUGGCAUCAUGGAUGGAGAUCGAGGCGUAGAAGUCCCAUACCAGAUUUACCGGAAAGCUGGGGAUCCUGAUGUGGUGCUCAAAGCAGACAUUCUGUUUUUGCAAGACAGUCCUUUCACUAGCUCCAAUAUUCCACCGUUCGUGGCAGCCUUCAUCCGAGAUGGAUAUCGUCUCAUCAUUCCUCACUUGAACGUAGCCGACUCAGGUAUCUUCGGUUCAGCUGGGCAAUCCACCGACAUUGGCCGCAAAGCUCGACUUUCAGCUGAUGUAAUCGAACACGUCCGGUCGAAAGAUGCUUCUGAUAGGGCCGCCCGCUUGAAAGCAAAAAUUGAAAGAAACAAACAAUAUACCAACGACGAACAAAUGACAGAUGCCGAGAAGAUUAAGCAGGCUGCUUGUAGUCCUAUCCAGGCCGCAGUUCACGGUGUCUCACCUGUGCGCGGUGAACUCUUCGACCUAGAAACUCUUAGAACUGAACGUCCGAUGUUCUUGCUCGGUCUGGGUCACAGCGCCUUGGUUGCCUUGACCUACCCCAUUGAAAACAUGUCUCCAUCCGGUUUUCCCUACAAGAAUUCUCCCAGUGCUUUCUCUUUCCCUUCGCUCUCUAUGCGAGCUGAACCUUCCGAGACGUUGUUGAGCAAGUUGAACAGCUUCCGUGGUUCUAUCAGUUCUGGACUUUCUGGUACUGGUUGGUGGGCUCGUGAUCCUCAUGGAGAAGGCAAACCAAAAUCGCACGCUCGCUAUGAUUCAAAGGAACUCAAACGUGCUGACGCCGUCAGUGUAGCUGGAAUCAUUGCAAUUGGACCGACCUUGGAUCCUAAUCAAGUGGUUAAGUCUAGCAACAUUUUCAUGAGAUUCAGCCGAAAACCUCAAAUAUCUCCCAAUGGCGUUGGACCUACUUCAUAUCUCCCUUCGAUCAAGAGUGCCAUCGAGAAACUUCAUCUCAAUGCCCAUAAGAUCCGUAUACCUGUUUUGAUUGCUCAUGGUACAAAGGAAGCAUACUCGUGCAUUGCGGGAAUCAACUCGCUCUAUGAAGCCCUCGCCUCCCCGGACUGUACGCUCAUUUUCUGCCCGACCCUUCGCCAUAAUGCACAUCUCGCAACCGACGCAGCUCGAAACGGACUUGCUGCCGAAUCACUUGCAUGGUUGAGCCAGAGGCGAUCACCUGAUCAAAACAACACCAAAAUCAAGCUACUUGGUCGAGGAGCUGGCGUGAAUCAUAAGGGCGUUCCGCUUCCCCAUCAGCCUUCGUUAGGACUUCAAUUGAGCGCUUUGAGCGCUUUGAGUGCCAAAAAGUCAAGAAACUCUACACCUCUGGAAGUCAUACCUGAAUCUAUUCAAGACCGAUUCGAAUCCAACCCAAAAGCCAGCAUUGACACCGAUCGUCCGGCUUAUCCACGCUGUUCCUCCUCGCUCUCCCAAAAUCAGCAAGCUAUACUCUCUCAGUCGGCUGAGGAGGGUCUCCUGGAAGAGUUAAGAGAAGAGCCUCAACCCCGCCUCUCAGCACUAUUAGGUCUCGGAGUGUCCAUCCCAUCACGUAGUGCUUCACCCAGUUCAUUCUCUAACCGUCGCUCGACUGGAGGCGUUAUGUCGCCACAUUCACGCACCAGUAGUCGCGCGAGCUCUCGACAGGUUAGACCUUCUUUUGAUUCUUCGCGACGAGGCAGUCAAGAUCUUUUAUCACUUCCGUUUGCAACCGCCGGCGAUCACUCGAUGCUCGAAGCUAGAUCGCACUCCCCUACCCCCUCUAGUGUCCCCUCUUCACCCGGGCCUUUGACACCUGAGGGAGCAAUGUUCCCAGAAUCUGAUCUCUUAUACCAAGGAGCCAUGCAAGGAAACAAUCAAAAAGCCAGCAACAAGCAUCAUAGCCAUGGCACCAACCGUUAUUCAAGUAGCAUCAUGACUCGACCUAGUAUCGACUCCUUGUGUAUCGAUAUCCCCGGCAGCAGUCUAGGAAUAAGUUAUUGA